GGACUUUACGUAAUGACAUCAUCUCUGAAGGCCCUCCUUGUUAGCUGUGACUCGAAGGUUUUUUUAUUUUUUCAAUCAGCUUCGUCGGCUAAGCCAGAAACAUUCAACAAGGAGGCAACAUUAUGGAAAACAAUGUCACUCGAUAUAAUGUGCAGUUGUAUAUUUAUGAUUUGUCAAGGGGAAUGGCGCGAAACCUCAGUCCGAUCAUGCUGGGAAAACAACUGGACGGUAUAUGGCACACAGCAAUAGUGGCGUACGGGGAGGAGUUCUUUUUUGGAGGGGAAGGAAUCUCCAGCUGUUCGCCUGGUGGAACAAUGCUGGGACCUCCAGACACAGUUGUGGAGCUUGGUGAGACCGAAGUCUCGGAGGAGAUCUUCAUGGAAUAUCUGUCGUCUUUGGGAGAAAGCACUUACAGAGGUGAGAGGUAUCGACUGUUUGAGCACAACUGCAACACCUUCAGCAACGAGGUGGCUCAGUUCCUGACGGGAACGCCCAUCCCCUCCUACAUCACUGACCUUCCGUCUGAAGUCCUUGCCACACCGUUUGGCCAGAUGUUGCGGCCCAUCUUGGACAACAUCCACAUCGCCCCCCCAGGAGGCAACGCCAUCAACGGAGGGAGAAACCUCUAAACACACUUGGCUCAGUACCACUGGAGUCUCAUCUCAACUUCUUUUACUACUACAUUUGAUGCCAUAGGUCUUGGGAAGAUGAGACACCAUUACGCCCUUUAACCGAUUUAUAUAUAUAUUAACCACUCUAUAUGUAUAUAUAUAUAUAUAUAUAUAUAUAUAUAUAUAUAUAUAUAUAUAUAUAUAUAUAUAUAUAUUUGAUCAAGCUGACAUCCCCAUUUACUUUCCUGCACUGUCGAUAUUCAUGUACUAUAACGAUGUUAGUUAGUUAUUAUCUUUUUAGUUCUCAUACAUUUACACUUGUUUGGACAUUUUUUGCACAUUGGUGACUAAGUGAGUUUAGUUUUAAUGAUCAAUUUAAGUAGACAAACGAGGAACUUAAUUCAAAUCCUAAGCUGUGAGACUCCACUGCUGACCACAAUUAAACAUAUUUAUUUCAGAAACAUCUUUAAUAUAUAUUUAUUAUAAUCUAAUUUAUUGUUUCAGCAACAAUACUCUGAACAUCUUCGUCGACUCCCAUCACGCAUCCUUUUGUACCGUCUCAACCCCAGCAUUUGUUGACUUUCCCUUCUUAUUACAUUUGUUUACAAUUUGAUUUAUAGCAUAGGAUUGUUAGUAUCGGCUAGACAUGUCUGCUAAGGCUCGUUAUUUAGGUUGAAAUAUCAACAACACCCGUGUGUUUGUCUCGGUGUGCGACGACACACAUCUGUGCCUUCAUUCCUCUCGGCUUUUUUAACUGCAGGACUUGACGCCAAGUCGGAUAUCUUCUAUUCCUAUUGCUCAUGUGUAAAACAUCCAUCCAUCCAUCCAUCCGUCCAUCCAUCCAUCCAUCCAUCCAUCCAUUUUCUACCGCUUAUUCCCUUUGGCGCUGGUGAUGUGUAAAACAAGCUAAUACAAAACAUCAGAUAACAGCAGAUGUCACCAGAGAGAAGUCUUGAUUUCACACAUGUAUGUACAAAACCCAAAAGCAGUGAAGUUGUCUUAAAGGCCUACUGAAAUGAGAUGUUCUUAUUUAAACGUGGAUAGCAGGUCCAUUCUAUGUGUCAUACUUGAUCAUUUCGCGAUAUUGCCAUAUUUUUGCUGAAAGGAUUUAGUAGAGAACAUCGACGAUAAAGUUUGCAACUUUUGGUCGCUAAUAAAAAAGCCUUGCCUGUACCGGAAGUAGCAGACGAUGUGCGCGUGACGUCACGGGUUGUGGAGCUCCUCACAUCUGAACAUUGUUUACAAUCAUGGCCACCAGCAGCGAGAGCGAUUCGGACCGAGAAAGCGACGAUUUCCCCAUUAAUUUGAGCGAGGAUGAAAGAUUUGUGGAUGAGGAAAGUGAGAGUGAAGGACUAGAAAAGAAAAAAAAAGACUAUACAGUGGGAGCGAUUCAGAUGUUAUUAGACAAAUUUACUUGGAUAAUUCUGUAAAAUCCCUUUUCUGGUUAUUGUGUUACUAGUGUUUUAGUGAGAUUAUAUGGUCGUACCUGUACCCGGCCCCGCACCUUUCUUCAGCACCAGUCGACGAGUGGUGGCGAUGCCCAUCUCUGCCCCUCGCAAGGGACCCUCUUCGAAACACGAUCUUUUGAAAUGAUCGCUGCAUAAUACACUGUACUUUGUGUGUGUGGUCCAAUCCAACCGUGUUGACUUGACCGCUCUGUUCCAUAGUAAAGCUUCACCGUCAUCUUUCGGGAAUGUAAACAACGAAACACCGGCUGUGUUUGUGUUGCGAAAGGCGGCCGCAAUACACUGCUUCCCACCUACAGCUUUCUUCUUUGACGUCUCCAUUGUUCAUCGAACAAAUUGCAAAAGAUUCAGCAACACAGAUGUCCAGAAUACUGUGGAAUCAUGCGAUGAAAUAUUAGACGGUGCUGGAACAAAAUGUCCUCUACAAUGCGUGACGUCACGCGCACGCCUCAUCAUACCGCGAGGUUUUAGCAUGAUACUUCUGCGCGAAAUUUAAAAUUGCAAUUUAGUAAACUAAAAAGGCCGUAUUGGCAUGUGUUGCAAUGUUAAUAUUUCAUCAUUGAUAUAUAAACUAUCAGACUGCGCGGUCGCUAGUAGUGGCUUUCAGUAGGCCUUUAAUGGUAAAUAAAAAGAGAAUACAAUGAUUUUCUAAUCCUUUUCAACUUAUAUUCAAUUAAAUAGACUGCAAAGACAAGAUAUUUCAUGUUCACACUGAGAAUCUUAAUUUUUAUUUUUAUUUUGCAAAUAACCAUGAACUUAGGAGUUAAUGGCAGCAACACAUUGCAAUAAAGUCAUUUUUACCAGUGUGUUACAUGGCCUUUCCUUUUAACAACACUCAGUAAAGGUUUGGGAACUGAGAAGACACAUUUUUGAAGUAGAAUUCUUUUCCAUUCUUGCUUGAUUUUUUUCAGUUUAAGUUGUUCAACAGUCUCCCUUCUCAAAUUUUAGCCUUCACACAUUUUAAAUGACUACAGAAAGUCCAGUCUAUUACCCGCACUCUUUUACUACAAAGCCACGCUGUUGUAACACGUGGCUUGGCAUCGUUUUGCUGAAAUAAGCAGGGGCGUCCAUGAAAGGAACAUACUGUAUGUUGCUCCAAAACCUGUAUGUACCUUUCAGCAUUAACGGUACCUUCACAGAUGUGUAAGUUACCCAUGCUUUGGGCACUAAUGCACCCCCAUACCAUCACACAUGCUGCCUUUUACACUUUGACCCUAGAACAAUCCGGAUGGUUCUUUUCCCCUUUUUUGGUCCACGACAUCCACAGUUUCCAAAAACAAUCUGAAAUGUGGACUCGUCAGACCGGAGAAAAACGUUUCCACUUUGCAUCAGUCCAUCUUAGAUGAGCUCGGGCCCAGCGAAGCCGGCGGCAUUUCUGGGUGUUGUUGAUGAAUAGCUUUGGCUUUGCAUAGUAAUAAUAAUAAUGAUAAUAAUAAUAAUGGAUUUGAUUUAUAUCGCGCUUUUCUAUUGUUAUAUACUCAAAGCGCUCACAGAGAAGUGGGAACCCAUCAUUCAUUCACACCUGGUGGUGGUAAGCUACAUUUGUAGCCACAGCUGCCCUGGGGUAGACUGACGGAAGCGUGGCUGCCAGUUUGCGCCUACGGCCCCUCCGACCACCACCAAUCAUUCAUUCAUCGUUCUUUCACCAGUGUGAGUGGCACCGGGGGCAAAGGGUGAAGUGUCCUGCCCAAGGACACAGCGGCAGCGACUUUGAUGUCAAUAGGUGGGAAGCGAACCUGCAACCCUCAGGUUUCUGGCACGGCCGUUCUACCCACUACGCCAUGCCGCCCCGUAGUAGUAGUUUUAACUUGCACUUACAGAUGUAGCGACCAACUGUAGUUACUGACAGUGGUUUUCUGAAGUGUUCCUGAGCCCACGUGGUGAUAUCCUUUACACACCGAUGUCGCUUUUUGAUGCAGUACCGCCUGAGGGAUCCAAGGUCCGUAAUAUCUUGGCUUAUGUGCAGUGCUUUCUCUGGAUCCUCUGAUGGUAUUACGGAGCAAGAAUAGUGAAAUCCCUAAAUUCUUUGGUUAACAAAUGUUGUUCUUUAACAUUUUGCUCAGGCAUUUGUUGACAAAGUGGUGACCCUCGCCCCGUCCUUGUUUGGGAACGACUGAGCAUUUCACGGAAGCUGCUUUUUUUUUUUUUACUCAAAAAUGGCGCCCACCUGUUCCCAAUUAGCCCGUCCACCUGUGGGAUGUUCCAAAUAAGUGUUUGAUGAGCAUUCCUCAACUUUCCCAGUCUUUUUUGCCACUUGUGCCAGCUUUUUUGGCACAUGUUGCAGCCAUCAAAUUCCCAAUGAGCUCAUAUUUGCAAAACAUAACAACAUAUCUUGUCUUUUGCAGUCUAUUCAAUUGAAUAUAAGAUGAAAAAUAUUAGCAAAUGAUUAUAUUUUGUUUUUAUUUACUAUGUACACAACGUGAAAACUGCACUGUUUUUGUGUUUAGGAUUAGAAGAAGGACUAGAGAAGCACAUUAGAAAGACUGAUUCAACCAGCAUGAACUAUUCUACCUUGCAUGCCGCCAUCAAUACUAAGCACACUUUAUUUAUGUUUGUGCACUGAAAUAACAUUAAAACAUAAUUGAACAAUAAUCCAACCUCCGCUCACACUUGACUUGUAACCUGACCAAUGAAAUGUAUCAAUGAACAAAUCGUCGUUUUUGUUCCCCCCAAAUGUUGUUUCUGGCUUCCUAAUAUUCUUAGGAUAUAAGAUAUUAGAUAUAAUGUUUAUGCAAAUUGUUAAUGUUGUUUGUGUAAUUGUUUUUGGAACUUGACCAACACAUAAAGCCAUUGAUUACAACUUU